ACUUGGCACUGAGGGAGGAGAUACUCUCGCGAGAGUUCGCUGGCUGAUUCCCGAUGGAAGGGCGGCUGGUGCUGAAAUCGUGGAAGAGACGGGAGCGGCGGUGGCUGAUUACAGGUAUUUGAGCAGCCAUUUGACAUAUGACUAGAAAUGUGUGACAGUUUGACAGACUCAUGGCAUAUUGGAGAUAAAUGCCUCGCUCCCUUUCCUGAAAAUGGGGGACUUUGUGAUGCCACAAUAACAUCCUUUGAAACAGAUGAGAAUGGGAAGUGUUUCGCAGUUGUUUCUUUUGCGGGAUCUGAAGAGAAGAAAAUACGAGCAGCAAAACUCUGUAAAAUGAAAACUAGGAAGGAUACACAGAAGAACAUAAUAUUUGAUGAUGAAGAUUUGGAGAAGCCUUAUUUUCCAGACAGACGGUUUCCCUCACCAGCAGUUGGCUUUGAGUUGUCCAAGGAUGGAGACGAGAUUCCUUAUACAAUUAAUAGAUACCUUCGUGAUUAUCAAAGGGAAGGGGCCCAGUUUUUACAUGGACACUAUAUUCGUAAAAGUGGAUGUAUUCUUGGAGAUGACAUGGGCCUUGGAAAAACAGUGCAGGUUAUUUCAUUUUUGGCUGGAGUACUUCAUAAAAAAGGGACACGGGAGGAUAUUGAAAAUAAUAUGCCUGAAUUUUUACGAAGAACAAUGAAAAAAGAGAUGCCAUCUGUCCAGAAGAAGAUUUUCCUGAUUGUGGCACCCCUUUCUGUGCUAUAUAAUUGGAAAGAUGAAUUGGAUACCUGGGGUUAUUUCAAGGUUAUAGUUUUACAUGGCAAUCGAAAAGACUAUGAAUUGAAUCGAAUCAAACAGGGAAAAUGUGAGAUUGUAUUAACAACAUAUGAAACACUCCGCCUUUGUUUGGAUGAGCUUAAUGGUGUAGAGUGGUCAGCUGUCAUUGUAGAUGAAGUGCACAGAAUCAAAAAUCCAAAAUCUCAAAUAACUCAGACAAUGAAGGCUCUAACAUGUAAAGUUCGACUGGGACUUACUGGGACAAUUCUGCAGAACAAUAUGAAGGAACUUUGGUGUGUCAUGGACUGGGCUGUUCCAGGACUUCUGGGUAGUGAAACACGCUUCAAGAGGAAAUUUUCUGAUCCAGUAGAGCAUGGCCAAAGGCACACCGCAACUAAGAGAGAGCUAGCUACAGGUCGAAAGGCAAUGCAGAGGCUAGCUAAAAACAUGUCCGACUACUUCUUAAGGCGUGCGAAGGCACUUAUUAGUGAUCAGUUGCCCAAAAAGGAAGACAGAAUAGUAUAUUGUUCCCUGACAGAGUUCCAGAGAGCAGUUUAUAAGGCUGUACUGGAGACAGAGGAUGUACACUUAGUGCUACGAGCACGUGAGCCCUGUAACUGCAAUAGCGGCAGCAAAAGGAAGAAUUGUUGCUACAAAACAAAUGCUUAUGGUGAAACAAUAAAGGCCCUGUACUUCAGUUAUUUGGCAGUCCUUCGAAAGAUUGCUAAUCACGCAGCACUGUUACAAACUGACAACACUAGCAGACAGCAGGAAGCCCACAUAACAAGGGUGUGCAGCCAAGUGUUUUCAAAAUUUCCUGAUUUUGCACAGCUUAGCAAAGAUGCAGCAUUUGAAACUAUUUCUGAUCCAAAGUAUAGUGGGAAGAUGAAGGUCCUUCAGAAACUUUUAGAUCAUUUCAGAAGAAACAAGGAUAAAGUGCUGCUUUUCUCCUUUUCAACCAAGUUGCUUGAUGUUCUGGAGCAGUAUUGCAUGGCAUCUGGGCUAGAUUACCGAAGACUGGAUGGAAAUACAAAGGCAGAGGACAGGGUCAAGAUAGUAAAAGAGUUCAACAGCAUGGAAGAAGUUAACAUUUGCCUCGUUUCUACAAUGGCUGGUGGACUGGGACUCAAUUUUGUUGGUGCUAAUAUUGUUAUACUGUUUGACCCAACAUGGAAUCCAGCUAAUGAUCUUCAAGCCAUUGACAGAGCAUACAGAAUUGGCCAGUGCAGGGAUGUGAAAGUAUUUAGGCUCAUAUCUUUGGGAACUGUGGAGGAGAUGAUGUACUUACGGCAAGUUUACAAACAACAACUGCAUUGUGUGGUGGUGGGGAAUGAGAAUGCGAAGCGUUAUUUUGAAGCAGUGCAAGGAUCAAAAGAACAUCAAGGAGAGCUUUUUGGUAUCCGUAACCUUUUCAAGCUUCAGGACCAUGGAUCCUGCCUUACAAAAGCAAUUCUGGAGAGGGUUGGCCAAGUGGAAGCUGGUGUCCUGACAGCUACUUCGUGGUUAAAAGAGGAACCCCAGCGACAUGAGACCGAAAUGCAUGGAGAACAUGGCUGUGAAGAUCAAGAUGCUAUUGAACUAUUGAAAAAGGAAGGAUUUGACUGUAGCAGCGACUUCAGUGAUGAGGAACCUCUAAGAACUUCGAAGGUGAAAGCAGAAAGCCGCACAUCAAAAAAUGCAAAAAUUCUACAGGGACAACUUACCUUAAUGCAGUGUGGAUUUCCUAAGCUUCUAGAAAACAGAAUUAAAAAAGCUGAGAAUGGGAAGUGCAUGGGUACCCAUGGUGAUGAAAAUGCUGAUGGAGUAUCUGUGGGAGAAACAUCCAAAGGAAGUUCCCAAAGUAGCUAUUCCUUGAAAAGUGAGGAGCACUGUAGCAUUUCAGGACAUCAGACAUCCUCUGUGUCACCAUUCAGAAUGGAAAAACAGAAAGUGCAUGGUGAAAUUGCACAUUGUGAUUACCCCAUUUUACCACUUUCAGAGGAAGAAAAAGACAUUGGAAAUAAAUGCAAAGACAUACGUAUUUUGGAUCAAGUUGAGGUAGUUAUGGAGACUGAAGAGAGUUCAACGGAAAGUGAUGAUAUUAUUUUUCCAUCUCAAUUUCCUACUGAUCAGAAACAUGCUAAACGCUAUCAAGGAACAAUAAUAAACCUUGAAUGUUUAGAUAGAGAAAAAAACCAUAUGCUUCCAUCACAGAAAAACCAUUUGACUUCUGUACACAGUUAUCUGAACGUUUCACCUCUCAGCAAAAUAAAAUCAUCUGCAAAUAUCAAAAACAGCACAAUUAUUAAAGAAGCAGUAGACAUUAGUGAUGAGUCUGAUGAUUUUGAGAUUUUCAAAUCGGGAAAGCAGGAAGUCACCGGCACUGUGAAAGAAAAACAACUGUAUAAAAAGGAACACAAGUCCUCCAGAAUGAUUCAGCAUAACAGGCAUUCGGGUUUGGGUAAACAGAAUGCUGAUUAUCAGAAUAUAGAGGAGUUUUCAUCUCCAGAGGACAGCUUCUCGGUUAGGAAGACUGUUAAUAAACAAAAUCAAAAGCUAAAAAAAGAUAGAAUUCAUUUUGACCCUAAACUUCUGAAAUAUGCCAAACAUCCCUCCCAGAUAUUGAGAAAACGAAAUCAUUCCAGUAGAUUCCAGACUUCCUUGAAGAAGCAAUCAAGCCAAGAACAAAAAGUGGGAUCAUUCGACAGACUGUUUGAUGAUGUUGCUGAAGUGUCCUAUGUUCAUUCAAACCAAACUGUAGUUGGUUCAAGCAAGGCUGAAAAUCAGAUGAGUCGGUGGGCAGUGCGAGAUGUGUUUGAACUGAAGCAGUUUUCCCAACUCCCUGCAAAUAUAACAGUAUGCAGAGCCAAGCCGCCAGGCAGAAAACUUCAAACAGUUAAUUUUGAGAAGAAUUUCUUAAGAAAAAAAGAAGAGAGUUUUGAAGACAGAAAACAUUCAGAAGAAGUUUCUUCAAGGAGUACCAAGAGGGAUAAUUCAUUAGGUGUAAGCAGUAAGCCAUCAGUUCUUUAUCUUACACAUCCUGUAUGCCAGAAGCAGAAGAGAAUCCACCAAAUAGGCUCAGUUACCUUCCUAGUUGGAAGAACACCGAAAAGAAUCCGCAGGAAACAAUUAGAAGAAAUGGCAUCUUGUUUUCAUAAGAAUUCAGUAGAAGAACUUGCAGAGUGUAUUGUCAAAGCUACAUCAGAGGAAAGGCAGAAAAUGUUGCAAGAAUUUUAUGGUGAAAAGUAUACAGCGUUAAAAGACCUAUUAAAAGUUGAAGUGCCAGUGUCUGUUUCAGAAGAGAGUGUGGAAAGAGAUGGGCACAGAACCCAGUCCAGAAAAAGAAAGUAUAUUUCUAAACAUGGAAAAUCAAAAUCUGAUCCUUCAACAGAUCUCUGUGGCCAAAGAUGUUAUGAUACAGAAGCAAAGACGUUUCAGUUCGAUCCCUGUAUACAGGCUGCUGUAUGUCAUAAUGUGGAAGAUAAACAAUUGCCCACUGUCAUUACCCAAGAUAGCAUUAGAGGGAGAAACAGUCAGGCAUUCAAAGACUUUAUGGCAUCUGACUCAUUAAGCAGUAAAUCAGGACUAAUUGAGGGGCUGUCUGCAAAUACUACUAAAGGACAGCUGAACUUGAAUGGGACAGAGUCGCCAAGAAAACCUUUUCUGUCUCAGCCAGAAAGCAGACAGGCUCAAAUAUGCAAGAAAGACUCUUUUGCAGACCUACUAGGAGACACCUCCAUUUUAAAUGACCUCUUCAGAAGUAACGGGAAUAGACUGACAGAGCUUCCCAGGAGGUCCCUUUCAGGGCCUGUGGAAAAAGCAAAAACACGACCAAAAGAUUUCUGGGACAUGCUGAAUGAACAAAACGAGGAGAGUUUCCAAAAACUCACAGACAUGGCAGUCAUCGAGAAGCUGUGUGAACGAGCUCCUCUUGCCACUUUAUCCAAGAAGAAGGAAGAGGAUGAGAAGUCACUUUGGAUGAAAAAUGACAGUUUUUUAUGGAAAAGAUAUCAUGUGGCUGAUAAAGAUGACAACUCUUCAUCUGGCACAGGACAUGACCUCUAAAUACCUAGAAAACAAGCGGAAAAUAUCCACUGGUGCUAUAACAUAAUACAUUUUGUUCUUAGCUAACCCAUUCCAAGCUCCUUUAUGGUGCUUUCUGAUUUUCAGUGAUAUCUUCCUUUUACAGAUCCUUCAAGAUAAAGGAUUACAAAAGCAAAAGUCUUUGAAGAAAAAAAGCCAUAUUGGAGUAGUAUAGAGAAUGAAGUAAAUAUUUUCCUUGUGUUUUUGUUGUUGACUUGCUCUCUUGCUUCUGGCUAAAUAUGAAAUUUUCAAUUUCUAUCAAUUUUAAUUGAAUAUAGUAAUAUUAAAAUAAGAAAGUACUAUCCGUCCCUAUAGGAGAGCAGUGCACAUUAAUAUGGCAAUUUAGAUUAGGCAGGAUAACAUCCAUGUUCUCUCCUCAUUAGCAUGCAUGCAAGCUCAGUGCAUCUUCCAUACCUCCAUCUAAGGUCCACUUCUGUUUGAUCAGUUCUUUCAGUCCCUGUUCACACUCUGAGUCGGGACUGAGUGCAUCUUCCAUACCUCCAUCUAAGGUCCACUUCUGUUUGAUCAGUUCUUUCAGUCCCUGUUCACACUCUGAGUCGGGACUGUGGAGAGGAAAUAUGAAGAUCUCUCAGUGCACAGACAUUGUAGCCUCAUGUGAAUAGUUUUAUAUGUAUAUUUUAUUGUGAUUUAUUGAUCUAUUGUUCUGUCACAUUUUCUGAAGUCGCCAAGGCAGAAAUUAUGAUGGAAAUCCAUAGUUAUAGUAUAACUGAAAACCAAUUUGGAACUGCAUAGAGCAAAAUCAAAGUUAACUGCAAGCACUUUGAAAUAAAGGGUCCUGUCCAAAUUCGUCAUACUUAGAGUAAACCCAUUGAAAUCAAUGAAUUUUAGAAUUAAUAUUAGUGCUGUUGCUUUAAUUGGUGUAUUUGAAGUAUAAAUAAAUCUAGGCACCACUCAGAAUUGCUCCAGGCCAAAUGUGACAUCAGGGAUAACUUGUACUUGCUGAACUAGUUCUAACAGCCCUUGCAGAAGGUUGCAAAUCUAUCAAGGAGAAAGUAUCUUUAGACAUCACAAAGUUAGCCUGGAGCAGAGAGCUCUGUGCUGCUCCUCUGCAGCAUCUGAAAGUAAUUUGGAAGAUAAAGCAAUUCCACUGAGAUCAUUUACACAGCAAGGUGUGUAACUAAUAGUACAUGCCUGCAGGGCAAGCUCGAGUGUCUCACUGUUCAUACCUGUCUAAGACUGAACCUGAAUAUAGUCUGGAUUUAGCAACAUGGUAACUAGAGCCUUGUCACAUUUUAUUGGAAUUAAACUUUUUAAUUGUAGUGUUUUAAAUAAAGGUGAUAAAAACCUUUCAUUAAGCCUAAUUUAAAAAUACACACAGAUUUUAAGUGGUAGUCUGAAGUCAUACCUACAUCUGCUUCUUACAGUGGGAUGUAUUCUCAGCCUUAUGAAGUCUGGCAGGUCAGUAGUGUUUAAGGCGGCUUGAAAAGAACAAAUCAGCUGCAAAUUAUACUUUGUAUUAGUCUAUAUCUUUUAUUUCUAACUGGGAAUUUAAACCAUGCUUCGAUAAAUAUACUAUUUUAUAGCUAGGUCAUAACAAAUACUGAACGUAACAGCAUUUAGAGUUGUUGAACACAACUUAUCAGAGACUGCCAUGUAAUGGAGGUUGUGAACAGUCUGUGCUAGCUUUAUUCAAAUUAAUGAAAAUAACACAGCAAGUUUUUCUUGGUGGAUUUCAUCUUUUGCUCCAUUACAACAUUUCUUAAAAGUCAGUUCUGACUGAAAGUCACCAUGUGUAAGUUGCUGAUAUACGUAUGAAUUGCUGGCUUAAAACUUUUAAUUAAAGGUACCUUCCAUACAAGCUUAGACAGACGUAAGACCUACAACUCCCAGAAUGAGUUUAUUAUUUUAUUUUUUUCUAUACCGUCUUAUAUUUUCAAAGAAUCUCAAGACAGUGCAAAAAAAUGCCAUAUGCAGGGAGUUGCGGG